AUGAAUCCAGAAGACCUGCUGCAGCAGCAGCAGCAGCAGCAGCCGCUGCUGCAGCCGCUGCAGCACCCUCGAAGAAAGACACAACAGGCGAUACGACGAAGCCGAGCCAGCAGCAGCAGCAGCAGCAGCAGCAGCAGCAGCAGCAGCAGGAGCCGCUCCGGUUGGCGUUCCUGCCCCUCUCGAGACAGCAGCAGAGCUGCAUCCAAUGGAGCAUCACGAGCAGCAGCAGCAGCAGCAAUAGCAGCAGCAGCAGCAGCUGCAGCACGCGAAGUUUGCUCUCUCAUAGAAGGGCCGUGCUGCUGCAGCAACUCGGAAGGGAGCAGCAGCAGCAGCUGGUGCUGCUGCAGCCGCAGCAGCACAAGCAGCAGCAGCAGCAGCAGCAGCAGCAACACAAGCAGCAGCAGCAGCAGCAGCAGCAGCAACAUUCGUUCUUUUGUUGCUGAGUUGUCUCGCUCCGUGGGGGGCUUCAGAGCUAGCUGCUGGCGGUUGCCUCUCUAUUUGCUGCUGCUGCGCUGCUGCUGCAUCACGCGGCCCAUGCUGCUGCUGCUAACGCUGCUGCGGGCUCGGCAGCUGCUGCAGCAGCAGCAAGCAGCAGCAGCAGCAGCAGCAGCAACAGCAGCUAGAGACUCAAAGCGCCGGAGAAAAAGCAGAAGAAAAUCCUCGCAGCGGCAGCUGCUGCAGCAGCAGCUGCUGCUGCAGCAGCAGCAGCAGCAGAGAGAACACGACCAGGACAUGGGCAGCAGCAGCUGUAGCAGCUGGAGGUGCAGCAGCAGCAGCAGCAGCAGCAGCAACAACAGCUGCAGCAGCAACUCUUGCUGCUGCAGCUUGCUGCAGCAGCGCGUAUCUGAAUUGCUGCUGUUCUCUCAUCAUAUUAAAUCUGUAUCUAAGCGAAACAUCCCUGAGGGUUUGCUGCUGCUGCUGCUGCUGCGGCCCCUGCCUAAGCAGCAGCAGCAGCAGCAGCAGCAGCAGCAGCACCAAGAGAAGCAACCGCAACAGCAGCAACCGCAACAGCAGCAACAGCAGCACCAAGAGCAGCAACGGCAACAGCAGGAACACCAGCAGCAGCAGCAGCAGGAGCAGCAGCAGCAGCAGCAGCAGCAGCAGCAGCAGCAGCAGGAUACAUGGGCAGCAGAAGACCUUCUGAAUGAUGACGCGGAGACGUUUGUCUGUAAGUUGCUGCUGCUGCUGCUCGGCAGACUCCCUCACGAUGAAUCCCCGCUGCAGCUUGCUGCUGCUGCUCAGCAGCAACUGCAGCAGCAAGAGCAGCAGCAGCAGCAACAGCAGCAGCAGCAGCAGAAGCAGAAGCAGCAGCAGUUUGACGAGGAUCAGCAGCACAACGGCGCAACCAAGCCAGGACAGCAGCAGCAGUACAACCACCGCCAGCAGCAGCAGCAGCAAUCGCAGCAGCAGCAGCAAGAACAACAACAGCAGCAGCAGCAGCAGCAGCAGCAGCAGCAGGGAGAAGAAGCAGAAGAUAUUAUAACCGGAAUCCCUUGGUGGGUUGAGGCCCAGUUGCUGCGGGGCAGCAGCGAGGAGCAGCAAAUAGACAAAGACGUGCACCGCUCCUUCACUGCUUGGAAGCAAAGCAGCAGCAGCAGCAGCAGCAGCAGCAGCAGCAGCAGCAGCAGCAGCAGCAGCGGCAGCAGCAGCAGCGAGCAGCAGCAGCAGCAGCAGCAGCAGCAGCAGCAGCAGCAGCAGCAGCAGCGGCAGCAGCAGCAGCGGGGAAUAGCUCUGCGGCUGCUGCUGCUGGGCCUUGUGGCGCGGCAGUCUCCUACUCUGGUGUAUGCACAGGGCAUGCAUGAUCUUGCUGCUGCGUUGCUGCUGCUUGCUGCUGAUGCGCUGCAGCAGCUGCUUGCUGCUGCUGAGGUGUAUAGACACCUCAUCAUACAAGGCAAUCGCUGCAGCAGCAACACUAACACCUGCUGCAGUGCAUGCAGCAGCAGCAACAGCAGCAGCAGCAGUACCACCACCACCACCAGCAACAGCAACAGCAACAGCAGCAGCAGCAGCAGCACGAAAGAGGAUAGGAGCUGCCGGCAGCAGCUAUUUGCUGCAUGCACUGCAGCACUCAACACGCAUGCAACCCACGCACACCGCCGGCUGCUGCUGUCCCUCCAGCAGCAGCAGCAGCAGCAGCAGCAGCAGCAGCAGCAGCAGCCGCAGCAGCAGCAGCAGCAGCAGCAGCAGCAGCAGCAGCAGCAAGAAGGAAAACUGGAUCUGAAGGAUAUCUGCUGCGCAGCAGCAAGACAGCCGGAGCUGCAGCAGCAGCUGCGUGUUUAUAUAAACGAUGCGGUGUAUGGGGAGGUUCACACUGUGCUGCAGCGCGUACACCUGAAAAAGCUGCCGCUUGAGCUGCUGCUGCUGCAUGCAUACAUGGGGCUGCAGCAGGAGCUGCCGCCGCAGCAGCUGCUUGCUGCUGCUGCAGCAGAUGGCGUGCAGCUGCUCCCUUUCUCUCCUCUUCUGCUGCAGGAUGAGUUGUUGCCAGCAGCAGCGCCAACAGCAGCAGCAGCAGCAACAGCAGCAGCAGCAGCAGCAGCAGCAGGAGCAGCAGCAGCAAGCACACAUCUGUCUCCUUGCUGCAGCUGCGUGGGGUUCUCUUACCUGUCUCCUUUCUUCUCUGUCGUGGGGCCCCGCAUGCCUCCUCUUGCUGCAGCUUAUACAGCUCUCUGGCGCAGCAUCCCUGGUUGUUCUGCUGCUCCUGCUGCUGCUCCUGCUGCUGCUCCUGCUGCUGCUCCUGCUGCUGCUCCUGCUGCUGCUCCUGCUGCUGCUGCUGCUGCUGCUCCUGCUCCUGCUGCUGCUGCUGCUGCUGCUGAUGCGAAGGCUCCAAGGCGAGCGUUCGUUACAGCAGCAGGAGCAGCAGCAGCGUGGAUGGGGGCCCUGAACGGCACAGAUGCUGCUGCUGCUGCUGCUGCUGCUGAGGAGCAGCAGCAGCAGCAGCAGCAGCCCCAUAGCUCGUUGCUGUUCGCUGUAAAAGCUAUUGCAGCAGCAAGCAGCCCGACGUACCCUUGCAGCUGCUGCUGCUGCUGCUGCAUGCAUGCGAGCAGCAGUGCAGUUGCUGCAGCAAGGAAUAGACCCCGCAGCAGCUGCUGCCCUGAGGUGUAUAGGCACCUUCCUGUCCCCCCUGCUGGCAGUGUGGGGUGGAGACAGCCGCUCCCGUCUGUCUUUGUUCCUCUAUCCAGCAGCAGCAGCAGCAGCAGCAGCAGCAGCAGCAGCAGCAGCAGUAGCAGCAUUAGCAUCAGCAGCAGCCUGCAGCGCAUUGCUGGUUUUAUGAUCCCGUUCCGGUUGUUCCAUGAGCUGCAGCAGCAUCUGCAGCAGCAACUACAGCAGCAGCAGCAGCAGCAGCAGCAGCAGCAGCUGCAGCAGCAGCUGCAGCGUGCUGCAGCAGUGCUGAGGUGGAAUGGGGUAGUAUAG